GAAGCCGAAACGAAGGCGUCUAGGUGUAAAAAUGGAGUCUUUUUCUUUGGCAACACCAAAAUUUUGUUUCAGGAAGGUGAGUAGUGAAUUAGAUAGCUCUUACAACGGUGAAAAUACGGUUUUUGGUUCGGAAUUGGAGGAUGAAGAUGGAUUGACAGAAAGAGGGAAGAAAUUUAGUUUCUUUGAUGAUUUAUUGGUUGAAAAUGGGGAAGAAGAGAAGCCUGUAUGGAAUAGGAAUAGGAUACAUUUUUUAGAGGAGAGAGACGAAGAGAUGUUAUCAAAGAGACUUCUGAAACUUAGCAGGUUGGAUAAAGUGAGAAGUGCAUUGGAGUUGUUUGAUUCUAUGAGAUUCUUGGGUUUACAACCUAAUGCUUAUGCAUGUAACUCUUUUCUCUCGUGUCUCUUGAGGAAUGGAGAUGUAAAGAAAGCCUUUACCGUCUUUGAGUUGAUGAGGAAAAAGGAGAAUGUCACAGGGCAUACGUAUAGCUUGAUGUUGAAAGCUGUUGCAGAGGUUAAAGGUUGUGAUUCUGCACUAAGAAUGUUUAGAGAACUAGAAAGGGAGCCAAAACAUAGGAGUUCUUUCGAUGUGGUUCUGUAUAACACUGCGAUUUCUCUAUGUGGACGGAUAAAUAACGUGUAUGAGACAGAGAGGAUAUGGAGAGUUAUGAAAGGUGAUGGUCAAAUUGGAACAGAGAUUACGUAUUCUCUGCUUAUUAGCAUUUUUGUUAGGUGUGGGAGAAGCGAAUUGGCACUUGAUGCGUAUGAUGAGAUGGUUAACAACAAGAUAUCUCCAAGAGAAGAUGCAAUGUAUGCGAUGAUAAGCGCGUGUACAAAGGAGGAAAAAUGGGAUUUGGCCCUAAAGAUAUUUCAGAGUAUGCUAAAGAAAGGAAUGAAGCCUAAUCUUGUAGCGUGCAAUACUUUGAUAAAUUCGCUGGGAAAGGCGGGAAAAGUCGGAUUGGUGUUUAAGGUUUACAGUGUUGCAAAAUCGUUGGGGCAUAAACCAGACGAGUACACGUGGAAUGCGCUGCUCUCGGCUUUAUACAAAGCAAACCGAUAUGAAGAUGUUCUUCAGCUGUUUGAUAUGAUAAGAAGCGAAAACCUGUGUUGUCUGAAUGAAUAUUUGUACAACACAGCUAUGGUUUCAUGCCAAAAGCUUGGUUAUUGGGAGAAAGCUGUGAAGCUUUUGUAUGAAAUGGAAGGUUCGGGGUUAACAGUUUCAACUUCAUCAUAUAAUCUGGUGAUAAGCGCUUGCGAAAAAUCAAGGAAAUUGAAAGUUGCAUUGUUAGUAUAUGAGCACAUGGCUCAAAGGGAUUGUAAGCCAAACACGUUUACUUAUCUGUCACUUGUAAGAAGUUGUAUUUGGGGUUCCCUUUGGGACGAGGUUAAAGAUAUCCUUAAGAAAGUGGAACCCGAUGUGUCGCUUUACAACGCCGCUAUACAUGGGAUGUGUUUAAGACGCGAGUUCAAGCUUGCAAAGGAGCUGUAUGUCAAAAUGAGAGAGAUGGGUUUGGAACCGGAUGGCAAAACCCGAGCUAUGAUGUUACAGAACUUAAAGAAACACCAAAAAUAAGGUUAUAAUGUCUUUUGAUCUACUCAUACUAAUUAGCAAUUUUCAGUAUCAUAAGUCAAAAUUCGCUAAAACAAUUGGUCUCUAAUUUGGCAUUGUGCUCAUGCUCACUGUGAUGAAUGUUUUGGUGGCCAGUGUUCAGUGUUCAUUCUCCUCAGAAGCUAUUUGAAGGACUAGGUGGUGAUGGUGUUGUUUGUCUUUGAUAAAUGAGGUUUAUGGAC